AUGGCCAGACACAAAAGAGAUAAUAGUAUAAAUGCUAGGGAGUACCCCAAAAGCGACGCGAAUGCUUUGAAUGCGAAAGAUGCGAAUAAUGCUAGGGCGUUCCCCAAAAGCGACGUACAUGACAAGAACAAGCUUUCGCUACAACUACGCAUAGGAACGUGGAAUCUGGGAUCACUCACUGGUCGAUCACAAGAACUGGCAGAGACUCUCCAUCGGAGACGUGUCAAUAUUUGCUGCCUACAGGAGACCAAGUGGAAAGGUUCAAAAUCCAGAGACCUAGGACUGGGGUACAAACUUGUCUACUAUGGUACUAUGAACAACCAGAACGGCAUAGACAUUGUCUUGGAUAAAGACCUGAAAAAUCGCAUAAUAAAUAUUGAUAGACGAACGGAUCGUCUUAUGUCGAUUAAACUUGCUUUAGAUAAUCAACCAAUUGUGAACAUAAUAUCAGCAUAUGCACCCCAAGUGGGCUGCUCUGAAAGUGAAAAGGAGUCGUUCUGGGAAGAUUUAGAUGAACUUACUCAAGAAAUACCCCAAAAUGAACACAGAAUUAUCUGUGGAGAUUUAAACGGUCAUGUUGGAAAAUCAAAUCAUAACAUGACAUUUAACAAUGUUCAUGGGGGAUACGCUUAUGGAAACCUAAAUAAAGAAGGGACGACCAUAUUGGAAUAUGCUGUUAGACAUGAUUUAGUUUUAGUAAAUACCUGUUUUAAAAAGAAACCAGAACAUAUUAUUACUUAUAAAAGUGGAGAGAAGGCCACACAAAUAGAUUUCAUUAUUGCAGAUAGAAAAUUGAAACGCCAAUUUAAAGAUUGUAAAGUAAUCCCUGGUGAACCUUUGACUACUCAGCACCGAAUCCUUGUUGCAUCAUUCAGAUUACCCAAACCCAUUAAAACAACAGUAGAUAAAACAGCAAAAAUUAAAUGGAAAGAAUUAAAUAGCCAGAAGGGAGAAUCUUUUGUUACCGCAAUUCGCAAUUACCUAAUGGAGGAUAUAGAAGAUUACUAUGAGACAUCAAAUACUAUAUGGGAAAAAUUCGAAAUCUUUUGUAAAGCCCAAGCAACAAGCUCUUUGGGUGUCUCAAAAGGUGGCGUUAGCACGGGAAAAGACCCUACAUGGUGGAACACAAACGUGAAGAAGAAAGUAAGUAACAAGAAACAGAUUUUUAAGGAAUGGCAGAAAUCCAAUAACGACUUUGACAAAGAUAGAUAUAAAGAAGCAAAAUCACUGGCUAAGCGCACUGUUGCCCAGGCAAGAGCACAGUCAAGAGAAACUUUCUACAAUAAAAUAGAAAACAGCAAGUCCGACAGCGAAAUAUUUAAAAUUGCCAAGAAAAGGCACAAUGCAACUUUAGAUGUUAGAAUCAAUAAAUAUAUUAAAGAUAAAAAUGAUAUCCUCUUGACCAAAAAUACCGAUAUAAACAAGCGGUGGUUUAGAUGGCAUGUAGUGAGUAAAGCGAGUUCGCCUACGGUACCCAUAUCAGCUAUACAGCUUGGCUUA